AUGCCCCUCAACAUGUCACGACUCAUCUUCCGCAACAUCCCUUCCGACCUCACACUCGACAAGCUCAAAUCGCACCUCUCCACACCGCCAUCGCUCAAAGACACAAAUGUGACCGAUACCAAGCUCGUCUCCAAGCGGCGCUUUGCCUUUGUCGGGUUCAAGGAUGAACAGCAAGCAGCAAGAGUCAAGGAGUGGUUCGACGGGACGUAUGCGUUUGGAGGUGGCAAGGUCAAGGUGGAGGUCGUCAGGGAUGAUCCAUUGUCAGAGAAGCCUAGCAAGAAGCCAAGGCUGGACCGACAACAGGAUACGGGAUAUGCCCCUCCGCCAGACGGACGAGAUGGACCUGCAGAAGCUGGACCUUCCAAGCGGCUCAAGGAGUUUAUGGACGUCAUGAAGGGUGUGGAUCCUACCGCACCGGAAGCUGCGCCGAAAGAGUUCGUACCCAGUCGGAAAGGCAAGGAGAAGUCUGUCGAGCCGGAGGUGGAAGAGGUGGAUGAUGAUGCUGCUUGGUUGGCAAGGCGGACUGGCGCUUUGGCUACGGAAGAAGGAACUCAAGCAACCUCUGACCCUGACGAAUCUCUGAUCCUCUCCACUGGACGCCUGUUUGUCCGGAAUCUCCCCUUCAUCACUACCUCGGCGGAUCUCUCCUCUCACUUUUCCACCUUCGGUACGGUCGAGCAAGUACACGUCCCGGUUACAAGCAAGGGCGAGCCGCUCGGGACUGCUUUCGUCCUCUUCUCAGAGCCCGCCGCGGCGGUGGCGGCAUGGCGGGGAUUGGACAAGAAGACAUUCCAAGGGAGGUUACUGCAUGUCUUGCCGGGUCGGGCGAGACCCGGAGACUCAGAGGGAGGGAAAGAGGGCAAGGGACCGCAGGGGCUGGGCGAGGGCAAGGGAGAUGUUCUAGGCAAGACCAAGGAAGGCCGAGACGUGGUCAAAGGGAAGAAGGACGAGAAGCGCAAAGAGACCAAUGCGAGGGGUGUCAACUGGGCCGCCCUGUACAUGAACAGUGACGCCGUUGCAGCCUCUGUAGCGGAUCGCAUGGGCGUAUCCAAAGCGGACAUCCUCAAUGGCGAAGAAGGCAAUGCGGCGGUCAAGCUCGCUCUUGCCGAAACCGCCGUGAUCGCCGAAACAAAGCAAUACUUUGAGGACGCCGGAAUUGUACUCGCCGCGCUCGAUCCCAAAGUCCCCCGCUCACCCACUGUCAUCCUCGUCAAAAACAUCCCAUAUGGCACCACCAUCCAUACCCUCACCGACCUCUUUUCACCUCACGGCAAGAUGACCCGUAUCCUCCUUCCUCCAUCCGGUACCCUCGGCGUCGUCGAAUACGAGCAAGCCGUCGAGGCCAGCUCGGCAUUCAAGGCGUUGAGCUACAAGCGCCUCGGCAGCGCGGUGCUCUACCUCGAAAAGGGACCGCAGGGGAUGUUCAAGGCGGGCCCCAAGGCGACCGAGGCGGAGAAGCAAAAGGAAGAGCUCGCAGCAAGGGUGGCAGAAGCGGACGUCUCUCUCCAGGACCAGCCCGCCCCCUCCGACGAAGCCGGCUCUACCGUCUUUCUCAAGAACCUAUCAUUCGGCACCAGUACCGCCCGCCUCGCUUCGGUCCUCUCCUCCCUUCCCGACUUUUCCUUUGCCCGCGUGCAAACCAAACCCGAUCCCAAACGUCCCGGCGAGAAGCUCAGUAUGGGCUACGGAUUCAUCGGGUUCAAGACCAAAGCUGGGGCACAGCGCGGUCUGCGUGCGUUGGAGGGAUUCGAGGUGGAUGGAAAGGUGCUGGAAGCCAAGUUGGCGCAGCGGGGUGCGGAGGAGGAGAAGGCCGAGCCCAAGAAGGGUGGGGCGGAUCUGUCGGCCAAGACGAAAAGCACCAAGCUGCUCGUCAAGAACGUACCGUUCGAGGCGUCCCGGUCGGAGCUGCGCGAGCUGUUCUCGGCGUACGGCGCGCUCAAGUCGCUGCGCCUCCCUCGCAAGUCCGUCCUUACCACCACUGGAAACAAGUCGACGCGGGGUUUUGCCUUCUUGGAGUUUACGACCCAUGCCGAGGCGGAACGGGCGAUGGAGGCGCUCAAGCAUACGCAUUUGCUCGGACGGCAUCUUGUUAUUGAGUGGGCCAAGGAGGGCGAGGGGGUGGAUGUGGAUAGGCUCAGGGAGAAGGUCAGGGGGGAGGUCAAGGGGAUGGAGGAGUGGGAGAAGAGGGCGAAGAGUAAGCGCAAGUUUGAUGGUGGGGCGGAGAAUGAGGAGAACGAUGGGAUGGAGCCGGAUGUCUAG